CACGCCCCUGUCUCCGUCUCCGGUGAGUAGGAGAGGGGGAGGAGGCAGGCCAAGAACGCAGCAGCACAAGCAGCCGCUAAGCUAACCAAGCCCACCCGAUCCGGCCCCUCCUGCUCCUGCCCGCUCUCCAGAUCCCCGCGCCAUUGCCAGUUCCGCGCUCCGAUUCACGAGCUCGUCUCCCAGAUCCAGCUUCACUCGUCCAAAUUCUGUUCUUGUUAGCAAAGAGGUGCUGUUCAGCGGCGUUGUUUGGUUGUUUGGGCCGGGAAGUUUUUGGUUGUCCCGCUCUGCUUGUUUCUUGGUGCGCUGUUGGAGAUGGGGGUAGCGGGGGAGAAGUUCCAGCUGGGGACAGUGGGGGCGCUGAGCCUCUCGGUGGUGUCCUCGGUCUCCAUCGUCAUCUGCAACAAGGCUCUCAUGAGCUCCCUCGGCUUCACCUUUGCCACUACUCUGACAAGCUGGCAUCUCUUGGUUACAUUCUGUUCUCUCCACGUGGCAUUAUGUAUGAAGCUCUUUGAGCACAAACCUUUCGAUGCAAGGACUGUCAUGGGGUUCGGAGUGCUCAAUGGCAUCUCAAUUGGGCUUCUCAACUUGAGUCUAGGUUUCAAUUCUGUUGGUUUCUAUCAGAUGACAAAGCUGGCUAUUAUUCCCUGUACUGUUAUAUUGGAGACCCUUUUCUUCAGGAAGAAGUUUAGUCGGAAUAUCAAGCUCUCCCUUAGUGUGCUCCUUGUUGGUGUUGGUGUUGCAACUGUGACUGAUCUGCAACUCAAUGCUAUGGGAUCUAUACUGUCCCUGUUGGCAAUCAUUACAACCUGUAUUGCUCAAAUUAUGACAAAUACAAUACAGAAGAAGUUCAAGGUAUCUUCAACCCAGCUUCUGUACCAAUCAUGCCCAUACCAAGCAUUGACCUUGUUCCUUAUUGGUCCAUUCCUCGAUGGAUUUUUGACCAACCAAAAUGUCUUUGCUUUUGAUUACACACCUCAAGUUCUGUUUUUCAUUGUGAUGUCAUGCCUGAUAUCAGUCUCAGUAAACUUUAGCACUUUCCUUGUGAUUGGGAAAACAUCUCCUGUAACUUACCAAGUCCUUGGCCACCUUAAAACAUGCUUGGUUCUCGCCUUUGGCUAUGUUCUGCUUCACGAUCCGUUUAGCUGGAGAAAUAUCCUUGGAAUCCUAAUUGCAGUGAUUGGGAUGGCAUUGUAUUCAUACUUCUGCACUAGAGAGACUCAGCCAAAACCUGCAGAAAUCUCUCCUCAAGUCAUUCAGGUGAAAGAGAGCGAAUCAAACCCCUUGAUCUCAGACUCUUUAACCACUGCUGAAAACGGGGUUAGUGCAGCGGAUGACGAACCCCCAAAGGUAUCAAUGUGGAGCUCAAAGUACUCAAAGGCGUGAAAACUGCUCUGUUGUUAGUGUACGGUAUUAUACAGAAUUCAGCUUAGUUGGCAGAUACUAGGGUUGAAAGCCAACCCUGUUCCUGUUCCAAUUUUGGCCUUUGAUUUUUUGGCUUAUAUGUUCUGUUAGUAAAUGGCUCUUGAGAGGAUAAUACUACCUCUACUCCAGACGGGUGAUCUGCCUGAAAGCUAUAUACACGAGCUAGCUGGACAGGAGAUUUCUGUUGUAUUUUCGUAUGUUCCGCAUAUGCUUCACGCUGUAACUUGGUAGCUGGACAUGAUAUCAACACGUAGUUUGCAUUCUUUUGUA